AUGUCCCUCGAGCCUCCCAUCGGACUGUUCAAUCCAGGUCGCGAUCACCAAGUGGUCAUGGGCCGCCCUGGCCCCGGGCAGUAUGCGUACAUUGCCUACCGCUGUAACCUCAAGGGUGCCUGGUUUGGCGGAGUCCUUAUUGAAAUCAUCAAUCCAGGCGGACCAGAAGCCCAGUACGAGUUCGCCACUCUGACCUGCGUUAUUCUUACCAGGAUGGACUCUGAAGUUGUCGCCAUUGAGUUUGCAGAGUAUCAACGUCUCGUUGAUUGGGAACGGUUGAUGUUUGCGCCCGCGUACAAGUACAAGCUCACUAUGCUUCGUCUCCGUCUUUAUAACUGGUACAUACACAACGGCUGGGAGUGGGACCGUCCUAGCGACAUCAAGAAGAUGAAGGAGGCAGCAAGCAACUUUGCGCACCGCCACCUUCAAAUGGCCCAACGCUUGUACGGCCACGACUAUCUAUGGGAUCCCGCAACCAACUCUUACAAGGUCGUCAGGCCUGAGAUCGAGAUCAAUGAACUCGAACACUUUGACUGUGACGAAGAAUUCGAAAUCGACCCAAAAGACCGGUACUUUGACGUCGGCAACGGAUCUCAGAACAGCCGUACCAGCGACCCACAAGAAACGGAGCUUCAAGGAUGA